UCCAGCCUCCGAUGCUGGUGUGGUGAACAGCAAGAUACUCGGCUGAGCUGCAUGGAGGCUCAGGGAGGGGCAGGGAGCCCAGAGCCCAAUAAAGACAUCCUGAAGCUGCUGAAGCCCUCCAGCUCAGGUGACCUAUCCAAGGAGUUGUUUCACCGCCUAGCAGGGGAGGAGGAUGAGGGCAGCCUGUCAGGGCACACCGCCAGCCAUCUGGACAUCACCGAAAAGAGACAACCACUGAGUAGUGUGUCCUCUCUGGAGGUGCACUUUGACAUCCUGGAUCUGACAGAGCUGACUGACAUGUCCGAUCAGGAACUGGCUGAAGUUUUUGCUGAUUCUGAUGAGGAGAACCACAACGAGUCCCCAGCAGGUUCCCACCAGCCGUUGCUGCCCAGAGGUGGGUACAUGCGCUCCCCCUCGUGGACACGCUGCAGCAAAGCUGAGCCCCAGCGAGAGCGAAAGCACCACAGCGACUCGGACACUGCAGAGCCCUUAAUGAAGCUGGAGAGGCCGAAGCCGCUGUAAUAGCUUGUGCGAAACAGGCUGACAGCAGAGAGAUACAACCCAGAGCCAGACAGACACAGAGCGGGAACACA